AUGGGUUGCCAGAAGAGCAAGGCCGCUGCUCCCGUUGCCGCGGAGAAGGCCCCCAUUGCCGUGACGGAGGUGGCUGCCGAGUCGAAAGCUUCCACCGAGGCGCCCACUGCCGAGCCAGCAGCCUCCCAGGAAGUCUCCCCAACAGCGCAGGACAAGACGGAGGAGCCUACGGAGGUUCCCGCGCUUCCCGCUGAGGCCAAGGCAGCGGAUCCCGUGCUGCCUGCAGUGGAGGAGACCAAGGAGGAGGUGAAGGAUGCAGCAAAGGAGGAGCCACCACAGGAAGCAGUGGUGGCAGCAGCGGCCGUCGUGGCAGAAGAGGUGAAAGAGGAGAUCGCAGAGGCCGCACAGCAAGAGGUGCCCACAAAAGAGGAGGUAAAGGACUUGACGGAGCAAGCAACAGCACAGCUACAGGGAUUCAAGACAGAGGUCUCUGAUGCUCCUAAGGUCUUGGAUGCAGCCCUGACGGGCGAGGAAAGCAAGACACCAAGGUGCAAUCUCUUCAGCUCUUGCAUGUAA